GAUGACGCAAAGCCCACCUUUAACGUGGCUGUUUGUUGACGCCCGACACUGACUGUUAGGUUCAUCGGUUAGUCCUUUCCAGUUUCCGUCCCCAAACAUUACCACACGGUCCGAGUCUCUGAGAUCUUCGCCUUCUCUACUGUGAUCGUCUCAAAUCUUCCGAUGGUAAUUUCAUCUGUAAGGGGAUAUGAAAGAAAGGAACUCUACUUCCACCCUUAAGCGAAUUUUAGUGACUUGUGCAGCUCAGGCAAAAGAAUACGGGGGUUGUGUUGCAGCAAAGGUUCCACAAGUUGAACGUGAUAUGUGCUUGAAAGAAUUUCUUGCUUUAAAGAGUUGCAUGCAAAAUGUGGUAUCAUUUUGAUAUUAAUAGUAGAUGUCAUAUUGUAUGGCAGAUCUGCACUUGUAAUCUUCCAGAGAAAUUGCUUUGAGUCUCCUUGUUUGCUUCUGAAUAGCUGCGAGGAAAGCCGUGAGCCAGCAAGUGUGACCUUCUGUGCUUGGAGACAGUAGUUAGGACCAUUUGGAAAAGCCCAGAGCCUGGUUGAGGAUUCCCAUUAUCUGUAGCAGUACUUGCUAAGCCCUGCAAUAACUCUUCAAAAGUCUGAAAAUCAAUCAAACGAGAUGUCUGGAAAAGCAUCAAGUUCACAGUCUAGCAUUGGUUUGAGUGGGUCUGGUGCUCUGUCACAUGUUUAUAUUCCAUAUCUGCCCCUAAGAAGCAGCGUAGCUGGUUCAAAGGGUUUAUUUUAUGAUGAUGGCAAUAAGUUGCUGCUUUCCCCAACAUCAGAUCAGGUCUUCUGUUGGAAAACUGUUCCUUUUGAUCCUGUGGUUACUCCUACUUCUGAUUCAAUUAGUGAAGGCCCCAUCUUAUCUAUUCGAUAUUCAUUAGAUGCAAAGUUUAUAGCAAUCCAAAGAUCUGAUCACGAGGUACAGUUCUACGAUAGAGGAAGUGGGGAAACUUUUAGUCAGAUGUGCAAGUUAGAGUCAGAGAGCAUACUGGGUUUUUUUUGGACAGAUUGCCCAGUGUGUGAUAUUGUAUUUGUAAAGACCAGUGGGCUGGACUUGUUUGCUUACAAUUCUGAGUCAAAAUCACUCCAGUUGGUUGAGACGAGGAAAUUGAAUGUGAGUUGGUAUGUUUACACACAUGAAAGUCGCAUGGUUCUUCUUGCUUCAGGAAUGCAGUGCAAAACCUUCAAUGGUUUUCAGCUCUCAUCUGCAGGCAUUAUUCGUCUGCCAAAGUUUGAGAUGGCAAUGGCUAAAUCUGAGGCUAACAAUAAACCUGUCCUUGCUGCUGAAGAUAUUUUUAUAGUCACUGUCUAUGGCAGAAUAUACUGUCUGCAAGUUGAUAGGAUUGCAAUGCUCCUUCACUCUUACAGGUUUUACCGUGAUGUGGUUGUACAACAGGGUUCUUUGCCAAUUUAUUCAAGCAAGGUUGCUGUGAGUGUGGUUGAUAAUGUAUUGCUUGUGCAUCAAGUUGAUGCGAAGGUUGUUAUACUGUAUGAUAUAUUUGCAGAUUCUCGGGCACCCAUAUCAGCCCCACUUCCUCUACUAUUCAGGGGUUUCCCCAGGUCUAAUUCUUCUUCCCUGAGAUCAAAUAGAGAAGAUAAUGAAAGUUCAGAAGUUAAUGUUUUAAGUGACCAUGAAGCAAUCGUCUACGGAGAUAAUUGGACUUUUCUCGUUCCUGAUCUCAUCUGUGAUGUUGCUAAUCAACUUUUGUGGAAGAUUCAUUUAGAUUUGGAGGCAAUUUCUGCCAGUAGCUCAGAAGUACCGUCAGUACUUGAAUUCUUGCAACGGCGGAAGUUAGAAGCCAAUAAGGCUAAACAACUGUGCUUAUCAAUAGCACGCACUGUUAUUCUAGAACGCAGACCUGUGUCUACAGUGUCUCGGGCAUUAGAUGUUUUAGUUUCCUCCUACUCCCACUCUAUUAAGACAGGCACCUAUCUUAAGGGAAUAAAAUCUGCAAAAACAUCACCUUCUGGUGAGCCACAGACGAGUGGCCCUAGAUCUAGUGCUGAUGUAUCUUCUAGAAGAGUAGACACAGUUGGGAAGUCCAUUAAAUAUGAAUCUGCUGCUGGAUUGGACAGUGAAUCGCCUAACAGAUUUUUAACCUAUUCAAAUUCCGACUCUGAGGAUAGUACAAGCUUUGAAGCGCCAAAGGCCACUUCAAAUAACUCUCAAUUGUUCGAUGGUAAAAUGGACAGGGGGAAGUUAACGGGUGCUGAAACGUCUGGUGGUGAAAUUCGGUCUUCAUCUUUGCAAUAUCAAGUUCUUAGAUCCGGCAACAGCCCAUUGGAUGCUAAUGCUUCGGAGCAGCAAGAGUCCCAACCGACCUCUCCAGUAAUUUCAUCUUAUGAAAUGUACAGUUUUGUGUUCGCUCCUGUUGAGGAAGAGAUUAUUGGAGAACCUUCAUACUUGGUUGCCAUCAUUGUUGAGUUUCUUCGUAGUGCUAAUAUUGAAAAGGUUGAAGUCCAUCCUAAUCUCUAUGUCCUGACCGUACAAUUACUAUCACGCAGUGAGCGAUAUGCAGAACUUGGGCAGUUUGUCUUAAACAAGAUUCUUGAACCUUCUAAAGAAGUAGCAAUGCAACUCCUAGAGUCUGGCCGUCAGAACUCUCGAACAAGGAAGUUGGGUUUAGAUAUGCUGAGGCAGCUUUCUUUACACCAUGACUAUGUACUGUUACUAGUGCAAGAUGGAUAUUACCUUGAAGCAUUACGCUAUGCACGGAAGUACAAGGUCAGUACCAUUCGACCUUCGCUGUUUCUUGAGUCAGCAUGUACCUCCAAUGACUUGCAAAAUUUAGCUGCAGUCCUUAGGUUCUUUUCGGAUUUCAUUCCUGGAUUCAGAGACACAUCGGAUCACGACACUUACUACCGCAUUCUCAGCGAGAGGAACUCAUCCAUUGCUGCGUGAAGUUUUUCAUAGUAUGACUCGGGCAACUGAAUAAUGCCGUAAUUACCAAGUCCGUUAGAGCUGUACAAGUUUUCAGAACUCCUUUUCGAAAGUACUACGUGAUUAGUUUCAGGUACCAAUUUACAAAAAGGAUAAGUAUCUUGUGCUAUCGUUCUUCUAAAUUACUUUCCUGUAAUCUACUGAACAGCGACUUUUGUGAAUGAGUAUGAAAUAUUAUCCCGUUGAGUAAUGGGCCCUUCAAACA